UCUCCACCCUCGCGGGAGUCGGACUCCACCCCCUCCCGUUCGUCCCUCCCUGGGCUGCACUGCUCACGCCUUCCUGUUAGUCCGAGCUGGGAGAAGUUCACUCCGAUCAGCUGAUCCCAACUGACAACAGGAGAGGAGGAAGCCCGGGAGGCAGCGAAGGAGGAGGGGGGCGGAGAUGGGGAUGAAGAUGGAUCCACCGGUGCCCUGAGGAACAGCCCCCGCCCCCGCCGGCGCACCGCGGUCCCCCGACGCCGCCUGGCUGCUGCCGAGCUGCUCCGUGGUAUCCCCUGAAAUAUUGACUUGAGGUUGGAUUAUAUUGCAAAGCUCCUGACCACUCUGUCACUAUACCAAAACCUCGUGGCCGAGGCCCAACUGAUGAGCCCACCUCAGUGAACCCAUCGGAUCUCUUUCAGAUAGCCCAAAGAGAUCCUUCCAGGCUUGCACUUUACAGACGGAUAACACCAUCAAACCAAAUCAACGUUGCUGCUGAUACAGGAAUCUUGGAGGCAGAAGAUUAAAAAUUGGAACGUUUGUGAGAGCGUGUGAAGAAUUCUGAUAGGACCCCAGAGGUUUUUUGUUUGUUUGUUUGUUUGUUUGUUUGUUUUAAGGCGUGCAGAACGCCCGUGAAGGUUCUGUGCAGGCUUCAGACCCAAAGCCUUGGUCUUCACUGCUGGGGAAAGCCCAGUGACGGUGACGUUGUGGGUGAUUUCCUUACCGGUCCGAGUAUGAGUGCCCAGACUUGCCCGGCAGACAAGGGCCUGAAUCCGGGGCUGAUGUGCCAGGAAAGUUAUGCCUGCAGUGGGGCUGACGAGGCGGUCUUUGAGUGUGAUGAGUGCUGUAGUCUGCAGUGUCUCCGCUGCGAGGAGGAGCUCCAUCGGCAGGAGCGCCUGCGAAACCACGAGCGGAUAAGACUCAAACCUGGCCAUGUCCCUUACUGCGACCCCUGCAAGGGUCCCAAUGGGCAUUCACCAGGUGUGAGGCAGAGGGCAGCCGUGAGGUGCCAGACCUGUAAAAUCAACUUGUGCCUGGAGUGCCAGAAGAGGACUCAUUCUGGGGGUAACAAAAGGAGACACCCCGUUACUGUGUACCAUGUCGCUAAGGUCCAGGGGUUACUGGAGGAAGAAGAGCUGGAUGAGGAGACCAGGAGGAAGAAGAUGACCGAGAAGGUUGUGAGUUUCCUCCUAGUAGAUGAAAAUGAAGAAAUUCAGGUAACGAAUGAAGAAGACUUUAUUAGGAAAUUGGACUGCAAACCUGAUCAGCAUCUGAAGGUGGUUUCUAUUUUUGGAAAUACUGGUGAUGGAAAGUCUCAUACUCUCAACCAUACUUUCUUUUAUGGUCGCGAAGUCUUCAAAACGUCCCCUGCCCAGGAGUCCUGCACCGUGGGAGUGUGGGCAGCCUAUGACCCAGUCCACAAAGUAGCAGUGAUAGACACAGAAGGGCUCUUAGGGGCUACGGUGAAUCUCAGCCAGAGAACACGACUGCUGCUUAAGGUCCUGGCCAUCUCAGACCUCGUCAUCUAUCGAACUCACGCAGACCGGCUGCAUAAUGACCUCUUCAAGUUCCUUGGGGAUGCCUCUGAAGCUUAUCUCAAACACUUCACCAAGGAGCUCAAGGCUACCACCGCCCGCUGUGGCCUGGAUGUCCCCUUGUCCACCCUGGGCCCUGCUGUUAUCAUUUUCCAUGAGACUGUGCACACUCAGCUGCUGGGCUCUGAUCACCCCUCCGAGGUGCCAGAAAAGCUCAUCCAGGACCGGUUCCGGAAGCUGGGCCGCUUCCCUGAAGCCUUCAGUUCCAUUCACUACAAGGGAACGAGGACUUACAACCCUCCCACGGACUUCUCUGGGCUCCGGCGUGCUCUGGAGCAGCAGCUAGAGAACAACACUACCCGUUCUCCCCGGCACCCGGGGGUCAUCUUCAAAGCCCUGAAGGCAUUGAGUGACCGCUUCAGCGGUGAGAUCCCCGAUGACCAGAUGGCGCACAGCUCCUUUUUUCCAGAUGAAUACUUCACCUGCUCUUCCUUGUGCCUCAGCUGUGGGGCUGGAUGUAAGAACAGCAUGAACCAUGGGAAAGAAGGAGUCCCUCACGAAGCCAAGAGCCGCUGCAGAUACUCCCACCAGUACGACAACCGGGUUUAUACCUGCAAGGCCUGCUAUGAGAGAGGCAAGGAGGUCAGCGUAGUGCCCAAGACAUCCGCUUCCACUGACUCCCCCUGGAUGGGUCUCGCAAAAUAUGCCUGGUCUGGGUAUGUGAUCGAGUGUCCUAACUGCGGCGUGGUCUACCGUAGCCGGCAGUACUGGUUUGGGAACCAAGAUCCUGUGGAUACGGUGGUACGGACAGAGAUUGUGCACGUGUGGCCGGGGACUGAUGGAUUUCUGAAGGACAACAACAAUGCUGCCCAGCGCCUCUUGGAUGGGAUGAACUUUAUGGCUCAGUCAGUGUCUGAGCUUAGCCUUGGGCCCACCAAGGCUGUGACUUCCUGGCUGACAGACCAGAUCGCCCCUGCGUACUGGAGGCCCAACUCCCAGAUCCUGAGCUGCAACAAAUGUGCUACAUCCUUUAAAGAUAACGACACCAAGCAUCACUGCCGGGCCUGUGGGGAGGGCUUCUGUGACAGCUGUUCAUCUAAGACCCGGCCAGUGCCCGAGCGGGGCUGGGGCCCUGCGCCAGUGCGGGUGUGUGACAACUGCUAUGAAGCCAGGAAUGUCCAGUUAGAUGUUACUGAAGCACAGACUGACGAUGAAGGCGGGACGUUGAUUGCUCGGAAGGUGGGCGAGGCCGUGCAGAGCACUUUGGGAGCUGUAGUGACAGCCAUUGACAUACCACUAGGUCUGGUGAAGGAUGCGGCCAGGCCGGCGUACUGGGUGCCUGACCACGAGAUCCUGCACUGCCACAGCUGCCGGAAGGAGUUCAGCAUCAAGCUCUCCAAGCACCACUGCCGGGCCUGCGGACAGGGCUUCUGUGAUGAGUGUUCCCAUGACCGCCGGGCUGUCCCCUCUCGAGGCUGGGACCAUCCUGUCCGAGUCUGCUUUAACUGCAAUAAAAAGCCCGGUGACCUUUAACCCCAGCUCCCUCUCCGAGUCCUUCACAAUUCCUUAGGUUCUCAGGGUUAGAAACAGAAGUCUCAUUGAGGUAGGCCCUCCCCACCGGGCACCUGUUAUGGUGUGUGUCCUCUACUCAUCCUGGGGUCACUAUCCUGCUGUGGGGGGAGGGAGGAGCCUGGCCAGGGCCUAACGUGUGAACCCCUCAGGGCGGGGGACCGAGCAGCUUAAAGUGGAAUGAACCUGAAUCCGUUGCAUUUAUGUCAGUUAAGAAAUCUACAACUGUGUGCGUAUAUCCAUAUGAAAGGGAUGUGGGGCGUAUUCAGGCUGCUGCUGGCUGUGAAGACAUAGCAGUCUGUCCCCAGCACAGGGAUAAGGUGGCAGUGGCCCCAGAUCCCCCCCCCCCCCCCCCCCCCAACAGAGCCAGGUUCAGAGCCACUGUGUUACUAGUCACCUUUUGCUUCUUCUCUGUGAGCCUUUGAAGCGUCUCCUUUCCUUGCCUUUUCCCAGGUACCUCUUGCUUGGAAUAGCCUGAAAGGAACCCACCUGGGUCCUCUGGAAUUGGAUCCCCAUUCCUGGCCUAGGCCUGUUUCAGUCAGAGACUACCCAACUUAGCGUGCAGGUCACCAGAGUGGGUGGAAGGUGAGGGGUAGGGUCCUCAGCCCUGAGAACUGGGGAGAGCACAGAAGGAAACAGGCCUUCCCCAGCAGUGUUUCCUGCUUAUUGAUGCUCCUGUGUCCACUUGGCUUUUUCCAGAGGCCGCACCCUGCCCCUGAACAGCACCUGCUUCCUUCCCCUCCACCCUGCAAGCCCACCAUCUGCUUCUGAGUGUUGCACUAGGAUUUUUAUUGCUUAUUUUGAAGUGUCUUAAUUCUUUGUUCCCUGAUACAUGACCCCUCUAGCUACUGGAGGGGUGACCUUGAGAAAUCUUCCAGGGAAACAGUGCACCGAAUGGACUGUUUUAAAUAUAUAUAAAUAUCUCGACGGAUAAUAAAGAAAAAAAUUCUCUUUGGUUCUUGCAAGAGAAGUCAAACUUGUUUCUUAUCAAGAGCCGGGACAUUCAUAUCUCUCAUGACUGGAAAGAGACUGUUGUGCCGAAAUCCUGUCGUCAUGGUGGAUUUUCUUCAGUGGCCAAAACCGAAGAAUUAAAUGUGGUGUAAUUCUUGACUGAACUGGUGGGUGGGCCGAACUUCAGGGAGGUACGUAGCGGUCAUUCCUGGCAUGAGUGCAGUGUGACGUGAGCCCUGGAAUGUGUUGGUCCUCAGACCUGCUCCCUUCCUGCCUCCUGUGGCCCAGUGACUCAGGGCCUACUCUAGUACUGUGUAUUAUCAAAUUCGCCAUUAUAAAGGAAUCUUCCUGCUGAA